CCCUGCCGCGGUCCGGCAGCCCCUUGGCCUUGAUGCCUGCAGGAGUUCGUGGGGCUCUCUGAGACUCACGGGAAGCAGGAAUGUCUCUGAGCAGAAGGAACUGGUCCGAUCUCUCCAGCCUGGCCAGGCAGAGGACCCUGGAGGAUGAAGAAGAGCAGCAAAGGGAGCGCCGGCGAAGGCACCGGAACCUGUUGUCCUCCACAUCGACGGAGGAAGAGCCCCCAAACCCAGUGAAAGGCACCAACCCAGCUUCCAGCAGACCUCAAUCCCUGGUGAAGCCCGUGGCUACAGAGGAUGGGGAAGAGCACAAGCUCCCGGUAGUGCUGAAGACUCAAGAAGGGAGACGGACAAGGUCUCCAAUGGCAGUCUCUGGGAAACUGAGGCAGGAGAAGGAGCAGCAGGAUCCAGGGGUGGGAGCGAGGGGUGCGGAGGCAGGGACACAGCCACACACAGGGCAGGAGAGCAUCCAGGCUGGACAGCGGGAUCGGGAUGGGGCCAAGGGCAGAGGGGACCCACCAGGAGACCGACACCGGCAGCCAGCCUUGGAGAGGAAGGUGGUGGUGAGGGCACGGCUCCAGGACAAGGAGGGACAAGGUGUGGGGACUCCUCGGGGAGAGCAGAGAAAGGAGGUGCAGGAGCCACAGGCCCCGAUGGAGCUGGGGGGCUGCCGGCUCCGCGAGGUCAAGAUCCUGACCAGGCAAGGGAGCCGCAGCGCGGAGAAGACGUCCUCGGUGGCAACCUCAUCCCUGGAGCAGCAGCAGCCAUCCAGGAAUCCCCCAAAGGAGGCAAUAGAGCCGUCUGCCACCCCAGAGGAAUCUGCAGAGAAGUCGGAUGCUUUCCCCAUUCAGGUCACCUACAGCAGCUCCAUCAGACGAACCAGCCCAAGAACUGUUUCCUUUCGGGUGAUCUCAAGAAAACAGAAAGAAGAAAGCCAAAGCCCUCUCACAAGGAGUGCAAGUAUGAGGAUCCCAGGGAGCAGCACCACCAUUGGGGAGAAGCUGGAAAAGUACAACUCGGCCGUGCAGCGCUCGGAGGCGGUGAAAUCAUCCCUGCCCGUUCAGAAGAGCCUCCUGCUCUCCUCGGACGGGGUGGCGAGCAAGCGCAACUUCUUCGAGGCGAGCGCUCCGGGCAAGGCUGAGCCGCUCGCUGCCAGGAAGGACAACCUGAAGAUCCCAGGGUCAGUGACAUCCCGCAUUAAUCUAUGGAUCAGCCGAGCUCAGGAGCCUGCCAAGGAGGAGAAGAGCAAGGACAUCAGGAAAAUAAGCAGCCUGCCCAACUGGGUAAAGCAGCCUGGAGACACCUCUGUGGACACCAAGUUGCAAUAAUAUCAUUUGUGAUAAUAGCAAAUGAUCUGGGAAAAACUGUUUUGCUCUGAGGAUCAAAGCCCAGCCUGCCCAGCAGCCCACUGCCAUGAGUGUUCCCCGUGCCACAUGUAGGGCACCCCACAUCGCCAGGGCCCUCUGCUUGAGGAAGGAAGAAGGCUGGAAACGUAUCCCUGCGCACCCAGACCUCACUUGCUGCCUGUACCGGAGUGCCCAGGCCUGGAAGCUCCUUGCAGAUGCUGGAGGCAGAUUCUUGCCUUGUUUUCCCUGAAUGUUCUGGUGUUUUGCUCCUAACCUCUGCCCGUGCCCCAUAACCGUGCUUGCAAAGGGGAUCAACCUCUGCAUCGCCCUUGCAGCUGGAUGAUGUCGGUGGGGCAAGAAGCUGCCUGGGCAAGGGAGUUUCAGCUGCACAUCCAUGGACCAUGCCCAUCCCUGCUGCCUGGCUCGUGUGGGAUGAUGUGGGGCAGGCAGGUGUCAACCCUUCCCCAGGCUGUCACUGCUGGAGUGACCCAAGCUUUCAACAUCACACGUGCAUCGAGUGAUGCUUUGUGGAAGAAGGGUGGACCCGAUGCCACUGGUGCAGUGACCCCUUUCACUUAAAUACAUGGGAAAGAAGGGUGGGUGGACCAUGGUCCUAUAUUUGGGGCUGCAUGGAGCUGAAUGCCCUGUGCUGGGCCCCUUCCCCAAACCCUAUUUCCCUCUUGCCCUUCUUCCCGAGCCUAUUGUUGUGACCCGUGUCCUGCACCCCUUGGGCUGCUGAGCCCACCCAGCAGGGAUGCAGGGUAAUCAGGAUGGCUUUAGGGUGCUGGCCCCUAAAAUGAUGCUGAAAUCCUUGUGCUGGGGCCAUUGAGUGGGCAAGGGCUGUGUGUUGAGCUACCAUUGCGGUAUCCAAGUGUGGUGUGGGCCUUUAUUGCUGCCCCUAGACCUCAUCCUGCUUGUUGGGCUUUGGAAAGGACCUGGUUCUCUCUGUGCCUUUGUUGUUUCCCUAAUAAACGUUGCCCUUUCUAAGAU